AUGGAACGCAGCAACGUCGCCGCGGCCGGUGCGGUGUCCGUCGAGGUGCUCCGCGCCCGCGGCGGCGGCGGCUCGCCGCCGGCGGGCGCGGGGAGGAAGCGCCGCUUGGUGGCGAGGGGCGUCCAGAGCACGCUCUCCAAGACGUCCAUGCUGGCCAACUUCCUCCCCACGGGCACGCUGCUGACCUUCGAGAUGCUCCUCCCGGCCGCCUCAGGCGACGGCACCUGCUCGGCGGUCAGCGUCGCGAUGCUCAGGGCGCUCCUCGCGCUCUGCGCCGCGUCCUGCUUCCUCUUCCACUUCACCGACAGCUUCCGCGCGCCGGACGGCAAGGUCUACUACGGCUUCGUCACGCCGGGCGGGCUGUCGCUGUUCAGGACCGGGCUCGACGGCGUCGAGGUGCCCAGGGAGGAGAGGUACCGGCUCGCCUUCGUCGACGUCGUGCACGCCGUCAUGUCGGUGCUGGUCUUCGCGGCCGUCGCGCUCGCGGACUACCGCGUCUCCGGGUGCCUCGUCGCCGGCCACCGCAAGGAGAUGGGCGAGGUGAUGGAGAGCUUCCCGCUCAUGGUGGGCGCCGUGUGCAGCGGCCUCUUCCUGCUGUUCCCAAACACCCGCUACGGCAUCGGUUGCUUGGCUGCGUAGCAACAGCAGUGACCAGAAUAGAGAGUAUGGCAGUGUAACUUUCUUCCGUACCUGUGAAUCUGUGAGCAAAUGGUGUCUAGAUCAUUUUAUGGUCCAUUCAUGUUUUCUUAGCACCUGUAAAAACUUGGAUGUGAUGUGAUCCUAUCUUAAUCAGUACCGAUUUGAAAUUUC